CAGAGGACCAGGAAAGGACUGCGACUUCUUGGAUGCUCAGUGACGAGGAUAGGGCAAAGUGGUGGUUAGCUACCGGUAGCCCAGGAAAUAGAGCCCCUGAGAGUUGGUUUUCGGGAAAAUAUGGAGACUACAAAAGACACCUUCAAGCAUUGAGGCUACAGGAAACGGGUAGAAGAAAGCUACAAAAGAGUACAGAAAAACAGCAAAGACUCGUCCGAGAGCAAGAUGAAGGACUACAGAAAGAAGAAGACCACGGCAUUACUAGCGAAUACGAGAAAGUAGCAGAAGAGCUGCAGUUGGAGACAGCGGACAUUUUAGAGAAGAGCGACAUUUGGGCGCUUGGAGUUAUGUUUUGGAGGCUUUUACUCGGGGAACCUAGAUACAUGCAGAGGGAUCGCAAGACUGCGGCCGAACCGGUCAUAGCCCACGCAGAUCGUUAUGGAUAUGACGCUCAACUCGAGGCGUUGUCGAGUAGAUAUCAUGAGUUUCUGGGUGGCCAUGGUAGUUUUACGAGAACAGAGGCCGAGGACUGUGCAACCAAAGAAAUUGAAGCUAGGAAAACUGCCUGGCUGAAGCUUCCCAAAGAACUGCGUGAAUUGAUUGAACCGGACGAAACUUUUGUCGAUGGAUAUACGGCAUCCAAUGUGCGAUCCAUGCUAAACUGGGACCCGGUUAAGCGUCCCUCUGCGAUGGAAUGCGUCACAAGGUUAGAGCACUUUAUCAAAACUUAUUUUGCUGAGGGUGACACAGUUGAGCGACCACCUGAAGAAGACGAAGCAAAAGAAGCGUUAAAAGGGUUGCGACGUGGUUACUAUGGUAAGGCCCUAAGCGCGGAAGCGGACAAAAAGGACCGGAAGGAAUUCGCAGCAAAAGUGAACGGCCCUCUGCGCGAAAGUUUGUACGCACGUGCUAUGGACAAAGGGACAGAGCUGGCAGAUAGAGACGAUUUCCCUCACUUAACGUCGGACGAAGGCUACGAAGCCUUGGGGACAUAUGCCUCGAGUGACAUCUAUUGCAUGGAGCGCAGAAAACGAAAGGAAUUGGUUCUAGAAGCUAGAAGACAGAAAAACCUGCAAAAGCUUGAAGCUGAAAAAAACCUUCAGCAUCGAGCCGAAAAGGACGCUCAUCUUCGAGCUGAACCUGGCGAGGCAUCAUUUUUUGUUCAACGUCAAAAGAAUGCAGAGCAAGGGACGAACAAUGGGGAGCAUGAGCUUCCAAAACUUCAAAUUGGUCGACGAGAAGAUGAAGAUCAAGAUCCUGAAGCUCGUCCCAAGGAGGACGAGCAGAGGAGAGAGUUGCUGGCGCGCGUGGCGCGCGUAUCUUCAGAAGCCCAAGCCAGGGUCUCUCGUGUUUUAGCCUCAUAUGAAAAAAGUGCUGAGGAAAUGAUAUGGCAGAAGAUCUACCUGGUCAAUGUCAAUCAAAUUAUCGAGAAAAUGGAAACGCGUGUGGAAAGAAAAGAAGGCGAAAUUCUGUUCGCGACUAGGUCAUCUGGGAUCACUAACACUAGGAGCAAGAGCAGAACCUCAGUUACACAUCCGUGAUGAUCGUUUCGCUUUGUCCUCGUUACACUACUUCUAGCACACGAUGAUCCUACAAGAAUCGCAUGAC